AUGUUUUGGGGCAACAAGACUCCGCAGGACUCCGAACAGGACCUGGCGCGCACCGAUUCAGCCUCAAAGAACGAUCCCGCCGCUUCCGCCUCACAAGCUUCGGGCACCGCAUGGCUCGCCGGACACUUGCACCACCUUACUCCGGAGCAGGAGGAGAAGCUGCAGGAGUUCAAGAAAUUGUGCGCCGAGCGGGAAUACUACACUCCUGCUGUGGAACAAGCAGAUGGCGUCGAGGCGAAGCCCGCCAGCCACGAUGAUGCGACUUUAUUGCGAUUCCUCCGAGCUCGCAGAUUUGACGUCGAGGGCGCGUGGGCUCAGUUCAAGGACACCGAAGACUGGCGCAAAGACAAUGCCAUCGAGAAGCUAUAUGAGAAUAUCAGCGUCGACUCAUACGAGGCCGCUCGACGGAUGUAUCCCCAAUGGACAGGCCGUCGCGAUCGCCGCGGAAUUCCUAUCUACGUCUUCCAGAUCCGCCACUUGGAUAACAAGGCUGUCGCCGCUUACAACUCCACCAUGACUACCGGUACACCCGAAACCCACAAAUCAUCCACAGUCCCUGCACGCUUGUUGAACCUGUUCGCUUUGUAUGAGAGCCUCCUCCGGUUCGUGAUGCCGCUCGCUUCCGCGCUGCCACGUCCGAACCCGGAGACGCCUAUUGUCACAUCGACCAAUAUCGUGGAUGUCAGCGGUGUUGGCCUGAAGCAGUUCUGGAACCUGAAGAGUCAUAUGCAGGAUGCCAGUGUUUUGGCCACGGCGCAUUACCCCGAGACGUUGGAUCGAAUCUUUAUUAUCGGAGCGCCCUCAUUCUUCCCCACCGUCUGGGGCUGGAUCAAGCGCUGGUUCGACCCAGGCACCACCUCGAAGAUCUUCAUUCUCUCCGCCGCAGAGGUCGAACCCACUCUCACCUCCUUCAUGGAACCAUCCAGCAUUCCCAAGCAAUACGGCGGCGAGCUGGACUGGGCUUGGGGCGAUAUGCCCAACCUGGACGAGCCCAGCCGCGAACUGCUCCGCGGAAUCGAGCAGCCACUCGCCGAAGGACGAACACGAAAGGACAUCCUCAAGGGCCCUAUUUUGUUCAACGGCGAUCACCUUCAGGUGCUGGGCACUGUGGAUGGAACGAAUCGGAGGGAAAUCGUUCCCGUCCCGAAGACACAGGCUUCGGUUGAGUCAGAGGCUAACACCCCUGGCUCUGCUGAAAGAGCGGCGUCCAGCAGCGAAGAGACUAAAGUAGACGACGAUGAGAAGAUGAUUGACAACGUGGCUGUCAAGGUUAACCAGUUAUGUGUGGAUGGGAGUCAUGUUGCCGUAUAG